AUGGCGCGUACAACGAGCCAAGCGUACAGGCACUUCCGCACCGCCCUUGCCCUGUGGCCAAAGGACAACCUCCGACCCGAGACCCAGUUCAACGAGAUCAUUCAGAGAGGCAUCGAGAGGAGGUACACGACGCCCAAUGUCGUCGACGAGGCCAAGGAGCUCAAGCAGGUGAAUGCGCUGUACGCCCUGGCCGACGACCGCUUCAAGAAGAGGUUCCCCCUCAAUGGCGAAAUUCUUGAACCCGCAAGCCAGCCGACCUACUUCCAGGACUUGCUGAGGGAGCUCGAGGAGGCCCCGACCAGAGGAUGGCUGCAGAAUGUGUCCAAGAAGUUGUCCGGCAUGUUUCGAUUCCAAUAA